AGUGGCCCGCUCCCCUUCGGCUCGAAGCCAUGGCGGGACCUGGGGGCUGGAGGGACAAGGAAGUCACGGAUCUGGGCCACUUGCCGGAUCCCACUGGAAUAUUCUCACUAGAUAAAACCAUUGGUCUUGGUACUUACGGCAGAAUCUAUUUGGGACUUCAUGAGAAGACUGGUGCGUUUACAGCUGUUAAAGUGAUGAAUGCUCGUAAGACUCCCUUACCUGAAAUAGGAAGGCGAGUGAGAGUGAAUAAAUAUCAAAAAUCUGUUGGGUGGAGAUACAGCGAUGAGGAAGAGGAUCUCAGGACCGAACUCAACCUUCUGAGGAAGUACUCUUUCCACAAAAAUAUUGUGUCCUUCUAUGGUGCAUUUUUCAAGCUGAGUCCCCCUGGUCAGAGGCACCAACUUUGGAUGGUGAUGGAGUUCUGUGCAGCAGGCUCGGUCACUGAUGUAGUGAGAAUGACCAGAAAUCAGAGUUUAAAAGAAGAUUGGAUUGCUUAUAUCUGCCGAGAAAUUCUUCAAGGGUUAGCUCACCUUCACGCAUACCGAGUAAUUCACCGGGACAUCAAAGGUCAGAAUGUGCUGCUGACUCAUAAUGCUGAAGUAAAACUGGUUGAUUUUGGAGUGAGUGCCCAGGUGAGCAGAACUAAUGGAAGAAGGAAUAGCUUCAUUGGGACACCAUACUGGAUGGCACCUGAGGUGAUUGACUGUGAUGAGGACCCCAGACGCUCCUAUGAUUACAGGAGUGAUGUGUGGUCUGUGGGAAUUACUGCUAUUGAAAUGGCUGAAGGAGCUCCUCCUCUAUGUAACCUUCAACCCUUGGAAGCUCUCUUCGUUAUUUUGCGGGAAUCUGCACCCACAGUCAAAUCCAGCGGAUGGUCCCGUAAGUUCCACAAUUUCAUGGAAAAGUGUAUGGUAAAAAAUUUUCUGUUUCGUCCUACUUCUGCAAACAUGCUUCAGCACCCAUUUGUUCGGGAUAUAAAAAAGGAACGACAUGUUGUUGAGUCAUUAACAAGGCAUCUUACUGGAAUCAUUAAAAAAAGACAGAAAAAAGGAAUACCUUUGAUCUUUGAAAGAGAAGAAGCUAUUAAGGAACAGUACACCAUGAGAAGAUUCAGAGGACCCUCUUGCACUCAUGAGCUUCUGAGACUGCCAACCAGCAGCAGAUGCAGACCACUUAGAGUUCUGCAUGGAGAACCCUCUCAGCCAAGGUGGCUACCAGAUCGAGAAGAACCACAGAUCCAGGCACUUCAGCAGCUACAAGGAGCAGCAAGGGUAUUCAUGCCACUGCAGGCUCUGGACAGUGCACCCAGGCCUCUAAUGGGGCAGGCUCAAGCACCCCUACGACUACAAGGGGCAGCUCGGGUGUUCAUGCCACCACGGGCUCGGGUGAAGUCUAAGGCCUCUAGACCUCUACAAAUGCAGAUUAAGGCACCUCCACGACUACAGAGGGCAGCCCGGGUGCUCAUGCCACUACAGGCACAGGGUAGGACACCUAGGCUUCUACAGGUACAGGCCCAGGUACCCAAAAAGCAGGCGACUCAGACCCAGGCAUCAGAACCACAAGAUCUGGACCAGGUACCAGAGGAAUUUCAGGGGCACGAUCAGGUACCUGAACAACAAAGGCAGGGCCAGGCGCCUGAACAACAGCAGAGGCACAACCAGGUACCUGAACAAGAGCUGGAUCAGAACCAGGCACCUGAACAGCCAGAGGUACAGGAACAGGCUGCUGAGCCUGCACAGGCAGAGGCUGAGGCAGAGGAACCUGAGUCAUUACGAGUACAUGCCCAGUUAUUCCUGCCCCUGCUAUCACAGAAUCACCAUGUGCUAUUGCCACUACAUUUGGAUACUCAGGUGCUCAUUCCGGUAGAGGAGCAAACUGAAGGAUCGCCUCAGGCACAGGCUUGGACACUAGAAACCCCACAGGCAAUUGACUCAAUUCAAGCACUGAUAGAGGGACUCUCAAGAGACUUGCUUCGAGCACCAAACUCAGAUAACUCAAAGCCACUUGGUCCUUUGCAAAUCCUGAUGGAAAAUCUGUCAUUAAAUAGGUUUUACUCACAACCAGAACAGGCACGGAAGAAAAAAUCAAAAGUUUCUAGUCUGAGGCAAGCACUGGCAAAAAAACUAUCACCAAAGAGGUUCAGGGCAAAGUCAUCAAGGAGACCUGAAGAGCUUGAGCUUUCAGAUUUAGAAGCCCGCAGGCAAAGGCGCCAGCACAGAUGGGAAGAUGUCUUUAAUCAGCACGAGGAAGAAUUGAGACAAGCUGAUAAAGACAACGAAGAUGAAUCAUCAGACAAUGAUGAAGCCUUUCAUUCGAUUCAGGCUGAAGUCCAAAUAGAACCAUUGCAGCCAUGCGUUUCAAAUCCUAAAGUAAUUGAGGUUCAAGAGAGUUCUUCUUCCGCGCCUAACAACCAGGAUCAUGCAAAUCAUGUGACGUUCUCUUCAAGUGUUCCUCAGCCAUCUCUUUUGGAACAAGCUCAGAAGCCCAUUGACAUCAGACAAAGGAGUUCGCAAAAUCGUCAGAAUUGGCCGGCAGCAUCAGAAUCUUCUUCUGAGGAAGAGAGUCCUGUGACUGGAAGAAGGUCCCAGUCAUCACCACCUUAUUCUACUAUUGAUCAGAAGUUGCUGGUUGACAUCCAUGUUCCAGAUGGAUUUAAAGUAGGAAAAAUAUCACCCCCUGUAUACUUGACAAAUGAAUGGGUAGGCUAUAAUGCACUCUCUGAAAUCUUCCGGAAUGACUGGUUAACUCCUGCACCCAUCAGUCAGCCACAUGAAGAGGAUGGUGAUUAUGUUGAACUCUAUGAUGUCGGUGCUGAUACUGAUGGUGAUGAGGAGGAUGAGUCUAAUGAUGCUUAUGAAGAUACCUAUGAUCUUGCCAAUGGCAUUGAUGAACUGGAUAACCAAGUUGAUCAGGCUAAUGAUGUUUAUGAAGACCAUGAUGAUGACAACAAUAAGGCUGUUGAUGACGUAAAUGAUAAUUAUCAGGCGGCAUCUCGUUGUCCAAGGGCAAGCUAUGGCAGAGAUGGAAGCUACAAGCCAGGUGGUUAUGAUGGAAGACAUAGUGUCAAUAGCAGCCAUGAAGGAAGUGCAGCCAGUGAAGACAAUGCAGCCGCUGGAGAUCAGGAAGAACAUGCAGCCAAUAUAAGCAGUGAAAGAAGGGACAGUGCGGGUGAUGGAGUUAAGGGAGUUAUUCGAACCAGUGAAGAGAGUGGAGCCCUUGGACUCAAUGGAAAAGAAAAAUGCUCAGAGACAGACGGUCCAGGAUUGAAGAGACCUGCAUCUCAGGACUUUGAAUAUCUACAAGAGGAGCCAGGUGGUGGAAAUGAGGCCUCAAAUGCACUGUCAGCACCUGAUGAUGAGAAUGACAAUAAAGACAUAUCAGGAUCAUCAACACAGUCAGAUUUUUCUGCCAGCCACUCUUCUCCUUCCAAAGGUUCUGGGAGAUCUACUGAUGCUGACUUUGCCAGUGCCAUCUUAUAUGCUGGAUUCGUAGAAGUCCCUGAGGAAUCACCUAAGCAACCCUCUGAGGUCAAUGUUAAUCCACUCUAUGUCUCUCCUGCAUGUACAAAACCACUAAUCCACAUGUAUGAAAAGGAGUUCACUUCUGAGAUCUGCUGUGGUUCUUUGUGGGGAGUCAAUUUGCUGUUGGGAACCCGAUCUAAUCUAUAUCUGAUGGACAGAAGUGGAAAGGCUGACAUUACUAAACUUAUAAGGCGAAGACCAUUCCGCCAGAUUCAAGUCUUAGAGCCACUCAAUUUGCUGAUUACCAUCUCAGGUCAUAAGAACAGACUUCGGGUGUAUCAUCUGACCUGGCUGAGGAACAAGAUUUUGAAUAAUGAUCCAGAAAGUAAAAGAAGGCAAGAAGAAAUGCUGAAGACAGAGGAAGCCUGCAAAGCUAUUGAUAAGUUAACAGGCUGUGAACACUUCAGUGUCCUCCAACAUGAAGAAACAACAUAUAUUGCAAUUGCUUUAAAAUCAUCAAUUCACCUUUAUGCAUGGGCACCGAAGUCCUUUGAUGAAAGCACUGCUAUUAAAGUAUUUCCAACGCUUGAUCAUAAGCCAGUGACAGUUGACCUGGCUAUUGGUUCUGAAAAAAGACUAAAGAUUUUCUUCAGCUCAGCAGAUGGAUAUCACAUCAUCGAUGCAGAAUCUGAGGUUAUGUCUGAUGUGACCCUGCCAAAUAAUCCCCUGGAAAUCAUUAUACCACAGAAUAUCAUCAUUUUACCUGAUUGCUUGGGAAUUGGCAUGAUGCUCACCUUCAAUGCUGAAGCCCUCUCUGUGGAAGCAAAUGAACAACUCUUCAAGAAGAUCCUUGAAAUGUGGAAAGACAUACCAUCUUCUAUAGCUUUUGAGUGUACACAGCGAACCACAGGAUGGGGCCAAAAGGCCAUUGAAGUGCGCUCUUUGCAAUCCAGGGUCCUGGAAAGUGAGCUGAAGCGCAGGUCAAUUAAGAAGCUGAGAUUCCUGUGUACUCGGGGUGACAAGCUAUUCUUUACCUCUAUCCUGCGCAAUCGCCACAGCCGGGUUUACUUCAUGACGCUUGGAAAACUUGAAGAGCUCCAAAGCAAUUACAGUGUCUAAAAGUUUCCAGUGAUUUAUUACAACAUUAUAAGCAUCAUGUAUAGGCAGACUGCAUCUUCUGAUUUCAGAGAUCAAAUGAGCAUUCAGUUUUAUUUUUAGUAAAAAUUAAAUCCAAAACUUAACUUUUAAUGUAGCACAGAAUAGUUUGAAUGAGAAAUGCAGCUUUAUGUAUAAAAUUAACUAUAGCAAGCUCUAUGUACUCCAGUGGUGUACAAUAUCUUUUGCACAAACUUUGUAACUUUUGUUACUGUGAAUUCAAACAUUACUCUUUGGACAGUUUGGACAGUAUCUGUAUUCAUAUUUCACAACAUGGGGUAAAGAAACCUGUUAUGAAUUAGGUUACAAGCAGCCUUCAAAAGAAUUGGCCCUGGGAUAAGGUUUUUCAGAAAAAGGAAAACAUCGACAAACUGUAUGUGAUUUUUCCAAAGUUAUUUAAAGAACCAAAGGUUUGUCAAGAAACAAAAAUUUUAAGGACUGUUAUAAUCCAGACUAAGGUUGAACAACCUGCAUGCCCAGAGAAAACUAUGGUGAUAAAGGGGAAAAGGCCACCACCCUUUUGCUCACUGAUUCAUAACAAUUAAGCCUACAACUAAAGACCAGUUGUGUUCUUUUCACCCAUUUUUAAGCUGUUUUUUUUUUCCUGAUAAGAAGAAAGGAAGGAAGCCCCCAGAUGCUUGCUUUUUCUCAGAACCCCCAAAAGAUGUGCAAUAGCUGUUGUUACAAACCACCAAAUAAUACACUUGUGAGCCUAAAUACAGGACUAAACUCCUAUACACAUGUACUGUAGAAUGAGGUUUUUUUUGUUUUGUUUUGUUUUGUUUUUUAAUACCUUAAGGUAGAUGUCAAAUUCUACUCCCCAAAGCAGAUAGAUUGAUUUAUAAAAGUUAUCUGGCCAAAAGUAUGACUAUCAGACAGCAUCAAAUAUUUGCCCAAUCCAAGAUUAGACCACACAAAAGCUUUGUUCCAGUAUUAAACAAAAGGAACGAAACAUAACAAUGAAGAAACUUUGCUAAUAUCUGUGUUUUUCCUGUUUCUAUUUUUGUAAAAUCAGAAAUUAAUCUAAAAAUAUUCAGUGAUAAGUUCAUACAUAGAGACUUAAAGGUAAAAAAAAGAUUUCAAAAAUAUACAACUUUCUCCAUAUUUAUAAGUUUGCAAAAUUAGAGUAGUGAAAGUUAUGCUAGUCCAUCACCCAAAUAUGUUAUAGAUGUCAUAGACUGGGGAUGGUUGGUCACCUAUGGUAACUGCUACCUGAUGAAGAGUAUAAUUUCUACAUAUCCAUCCUCAAUACCAUGGUUAGUUCUGUGGCAAUAGGAAAGCAACAGAACUGCCACAAAGUAUACCUCAAUAUAAUUCCUCUAGUUCUGCUUCUAAAAUCUGAGGACAGUGCUAGUGGGAUGAUAAUUUUCAAACUACCUGGUUAACCAAAAUUCAAAAGCAGCUGACUAUGUGUGAUUUCAUCAUAGCACAUUUCUUGGCAUUUAGUGCCAGAAAUGAAGAUUUGGAUUUUCCUAACAACUUUAUAUCAAGAGUAUGGUAGCUCAUCAUUGAGAAUUUAGGAAAGCCCAAAUCCAUGAACUAAGGAAAUAUAUGUGACUCACAUUUCUUUUACUGUGACACAAUAAUGUGAUCCUAAAACUGGCUUAUCCUUGGGUGUUUACAACUCAAACAACUUUUUUCAUUCAGUAGUUUUUUAAAAAACAAACUUUCAUGUUGACUUUUUUCUAGAAGUAGUCUUCAUUAUUAUAAAUUUGUACACCAAAAGGCCAUGGGGAACUUUGUGCAAGUACCUCAUCGCUGAGCAAAUAGAGCUUGCUAUGUUUUAAUUUCAGAAAAUUUUCUCAUAUAAGUAGUGUGUAGAAUCAAGUCUUUUAAUAAUCAAUUUUUUCAUAAUAUUUACUCAAAGUUAAGCUUAAAAUUAAGUUUUAUCUUAAAAUCAUAUUUUAAUACAGUAAGACAGAAAACUAUUUUAGGAAGUCAACUCCCAUUGUACUCUGUGGCAAUUAUUCCAGUAAAAAUAUGCAAAAGUGAACUGAAUCUACAAAGACGUCCCAAAGUAACCAAGCAACAGAGAUUGCAAAUGAUAAACCGAGCUUUAAAGGAUAAAGUGUUAAUAAAGAAAGGAAGCUGGGCACAUGUCAAGAAGGGAGAUUGAAAUGUUAGGUAAGCAUGUAGAAAGGACAGAAAAUAUUUAAAAUGGCUUAUAAGUAAUGAAUAUUGCCGAUUUCGAUGUAAAUCCGUCUGGAAUCUUUACAUCCUUUGCCAGCUGAAACAAGAAAGUGAAGGGACAAUGGUAUUUUGUGGUCAGUUUAUUUUGUAAGAGACAGAAGAAAGUAUAUCUAUACAUUACCUUGUAGCAGCAGCAUCUGGAAACCCCAGCCCAUCAAGGACGUGCAGAAGGAAGGCUCCUGACUAGACAAUUUCCCUAGCCUUGUGAUUUGAACCAUGAACAUUCUGGCAGGUCAUGAGCAGCACUAGGGAUAAGGUAUGGUUUUAUUUUGGUAUAAUUUAGUUUUUCAACAAAGCCCUUGUCUAAAAUAAAAGCCAUUAUUGGAAAUAUUUGAAAACUAGAAAAUGAUGGAUAAAAGGGCUGGUAAGAAAAUUUCUGAGUGAUUGUCAGUAGAAGUAAGGUAAGAUCCCCAGAGGAAACAGUAAGAAGGGAUAACCAUUAAGAUAGUAAAACAGGCAAAGCAGAAUCACAUGCACCUACACACAUAUACACAUAAACAUUGGAAUGCAUAAGUUUUAAUAUUUUAAUGCUAUCAGUUUCUAGGUGCAUUAAUUACUUAAUGUUCUCUCCCAAGAUUCAUUUAGUUGAAACAGUAUCCAUAAAACUAGGAAUAAUCCCACAUGCAUUCAAUGGGAUCUUUUAAGUACUCUUCAGUUAUUUUAACAAAUGUGUCUACUGAAAUCAAAUUAAUUUGUUUCCAAUGUGUAUUCUAAAAAAAUUGAAACAAUCUUCAAUACUGCUAAUUGUUUGCUCAGAAAGUCUACAAUGAAUCAUUGUUUAACCUUGAAAAAUAAAAAUUUUAUAAAUCAU